GACAAACCUAGUAUUGCUACCCACUUGCUUUACUUGAACCUACCAUACCUAAUCUCAUACAUAACUUUCUUACCUGUUAGUGUCUAUCGUCCACCCUGAUUUGAGGAGUCCUUCUUUAACUUACCUACGUAUAGUAAAAAAAUAAUUAAGCAAGGGGCCAAAAAGAGAAAAGAAAAGAAAAAGGACAAAGAGAAAAAAUCGCAUUAUUUUUUCCCUAUCUAUUCAUUUUAUUCACCCACCUUGUCUGCCCUGACCCGAAUACGGUCUGAACCCCUCCUCAGGACGGGCCGCCGAGGGGAGAGGAAAAGGUGAUGAAAUUGUGAGAGGUCUGACCUCAUUCGAAACGGUGAAGCAGCAGUACCAAGCGCCGCCGUCAUCAAUAUGACUGCAAACCGCUCAGAGCCCGGGCAGUCAGCCCCGCCGAAUCUACGAGUCACGAUUAUCGCUGCCGAUGGCCUCUAUAAGCGUGAUGUCUUUCGACUACCUGACCCGUUCGCUGUAGCUACCAUCAACGGCGAACAGACCAAAACAACAACUGUAUCAAAGAGAACCCUCAAUCCUUACUGGAAUGAAAGUUUCGACUUUCGUGCCACUGAAGAUAGCAUUUUGGCGGUUCAAGUUUUCGACCAAAAGAAGUUUAAGAAGAAGGACCAAGGCUUCUUAGGUGUAAUCAACAUCCGGACUGGAGAUGUCAUUGAACUAGCUGAUGGUGCCGACGAUCAAAUGCUCACGCGCGACCUCAAGAAGUCUACAGAUAACCUUGUUGUGCACGGUAAAUUGAUCAUCAACCUUUCUACCAACCUUUCCACCCCCGCUCGACCUACGCAACAACUCCCCGCAUCAGCAAGUUCUAGCCGGCCAUCUCUAGCACCCCAAACGUCAGCCGCUAACGCCGAUCGUGCAUCGGACCGGCCUACUUCGUCAGCCUCGAAUCCGAAUGGUCUCAUACCGGGAGCGCAAAUGACUUUGCCUAUCAGGGCAAAUGGCGCGAAUGCGACCGCCGCUAAUGGAAGCGCCGCACAGCCACCUCGAGCUACGACCCAGAUGAGUCCCUUUGAAGAUUCGCAAGGCCGCCUACCCGCUGGCUGGGAACGGCGCGAGGAUAACCUAGGAAGGACCUACUAUGUCGAUCAUAACACCCGAACUACCAGUUGGACUCGUCCGACACAGGCAGGCACUUCUGCUGAAAACCGCGGUGAAAGAGAGGCGGCCACACAGGUCGAGCGUCAAAGACAUCAGAACAGAACAUUGCCCGAGGAUCGCACCGGUACGAGUUCCCCCACGCUUCAACAGCAGCAGCAGCAACAGCAACAGCAGCAACAGCAACAGCAGUCUGGCGGUUCUCCGCACAGUCCAGGUGCUUUAAUGCCCAGUGUUGCUACAACUCCUGGCACCGGUGAGCUUCCGCCUGGCUGGGAACAAAGGUGGACACCAGAAGGCCGGGCUUACUUUGUCGACCACAAUACUCGGACUACGACUUGGGUUGAUCCUCGGCGCCAACAGUACAUUAGGAUGUAUGGUGGUCAAAAUAAUGCCAAUGGAACUAUUCAACAGCAGCCCGUUUCACAACUCGGACCAUUGCCCAGCGGCUGGGAAAUGCGACUCACUAACACAGCCCGCGUAUACUUUGUGGAUCAUAAUACGAAGACGACGACCUGGGAUGAUCCUCGACUACCAUCAUCCUUGGACCAGAACGUACCCCAAUACAAGCGAGAUUUCCGAAGGAAGCUGAUUUAUUUCCGCUCGCAGCCCGCUAUGCGGAUACUCUCAGGGCAGUGUCACAUGAAAGUGCGACGGUCUCACAUUUUCGAGGAAGCGUUCGCCGAAAUCUCUCGACAAUCUGCGACUGAUCUAAAGAAGCGCCUCAUGAUCAAGUUCGAAGGAGAAGAUGGUCUAGAUUAUGGUGGUCUUUCCAGGGAGUUCUUUUUCUUAUUAUCCCAUGAAAUGUUUAAUCCAUUUUAUUGCCUCUUCGAAUAUUCUGCCCACGACAACUAUACCCUUCAGAUCAACCCACACUCCGGUAUCAACCCCGAGCAUUUGAACUAUUUCAAGUUCAUUGGCCGCGUCGUAGGUCUGGCCAUUUUCCACCGCAGGUUCCUCGAUGCCUUCUUUAUUGGCGCCCUAUACAAGAUGAUUCUGGGCAAGCCUGUGGUCCUUGCUGACAUGGAGGGUGUGGAUGCCGACUUCCAUAGAAGUUUACAAUGGAUGUUGGAUAACGAUAUUUCCGGCGGUAUACUCGAGCAAACCUUUUCCACUGAAGAUGAGCGUUUUGGCGUGGUUACGGUCGAAGAUCUCAUUCCCGAUGGACGUAAUAUUGAUGUUACCAAUGACAACAAGAAAGAGUAUGUUGACCUCAUGGUCAAAUGGCGUAUUGAGAAGCGUGUCUCGGAACAAUUCCAAGCCUUCAAGGACGGUUUCCACGAGCUUAUUCCCCAAGACCUAAUCAAUGUCUUUGACGAACGCGAAUUGGAGUUACUGAUUGGUGGUAUUGCCGAUAUCGACGUGGACGACUGGAAGAAGCACACAGACUAUCGUGGCUACACAGAAAGUGAUGAAGUGAUACAAUUCUUCUGGCAAACAGUACGGACUUGGGAUGGAGAGCAGAAGAGUAGAUUGCUACAGUUUACGACGGGUACUUCACGAAUCCCCGUCAAUGGAUUCAAGGAUCUUCAAGGUAGCGAUGGUCCAAGAAGAUUCACCAUUGAGAAGGCCGGCGAAAUCGGCAAUCUGCCCAAGGCUCACACUUGCUUCAACCGUUUAGAUUUGCCCCCGUAUAAGUCACUGGAGCAGUUGCAGAACAAGUUGACCACUGCGGUGGAGGAGACAAUGGGCUUCGGACAGGAGUAAGGGGGUUCAUGCUAUUCGGGUGCUUUCUCGUCAUUGCUGUUACUACUGUAUAUAGAAACGAUGAAUGACGCUUUUGCCUCGUCCACGAUAAAGUAUCUGAACUUAAAAAUAUUGGACGGAACUCUGCAUUUCCUAAUUUUAUCUUUUUCGGGUUGCUGAUCCAUUGAGCUUAAUUCCCCUCGUCUUUCAUCGCUCUUCUUUGCCCUUUUCUUAAAUCUAGGCAUCUAUCUAGGUUAGGUACCUAGGUGUGUAGCCAAGGGGCUUUUUACUAAGAUGAUUUAAGGGGAAGGGGGUAUAUUAGGGCAUCAUUGUAUCUCGAAUAUUUUUCCUCUCUCAGGAGUUGUUGUAUUCUUUACUUUACUCCUGGAGAAGGAGUGAGAGAGAGAGUGUGUGAGGAAGGAGUAUGCGGAUUCAAUAGGAGGUAUUUUAUUUAUACAUACACAUGAGAGCUGAACGAACGAAUGAAUGAAUGAAUGAUACAAAAUGAGACCCGGGAGACGGACGAUCUGAAGGCACUUCUUUCGUUUGUUCAUUCAUUCAUCUAGUCAUUCGUCUUAUCCAUUCCUUCACCCACUCGCUUUUCCAUUCAUUAUUCUUUUAGUGGCUUGUGUACUCACUCAUUGGCUUCUAUGGAUGGCUCUUGUAUUGUGUCUUGAUGCGUGUAU